AAGUCCAAUAAGGAAGGAAAACUGGUCAAAAUUGGAAACGCAAAAACCCGAACUUUCGAAGUUACCCUCGCUUUCAUGGACCCUCGUAUAUAAACCGGGACCUUCGCAAAAUUCCCAAUUUUAUUCUGUCCUCUCCCGAAAUCAAUUUUUUCAUUCUUUUUCUCGUAGAAUUUUCUCACGUUCGAAGAAAACACUGAGAGACAUUGAAGAUAAUCGAAGAUGUUAGAACAGUUACUGAUAUUUACUAGAGGAGGAUUAAUUCUCUGGACAUGCAAAGAGCUUGGAAAUGCUCUUAAGGGAUCUCCAAUCGACACCUUGAUCCGAUCGUGUCUUUUGGAGGAACGGUCUGGUUUAGCUUCUUUCGAUUACAAUGCCCCUGGGGCUGCUUACACGCUCAAAUGGACGUUCCACAAUGAGCUCGGUCUUGUGUUUGUCGCUGUUUAUCAGAAGAUCCUCCAUCUGUUGUAUGUGGAUGAACUGCUUUCGAUGGUGAAACAUGAGUUUUCAGAGAUUUAUGAUCCAAAAAGGACAGUGUAUGCUGACUUUGAUGAAACUUUUCGACAACUGAAGAAGGAGGCUGAGGCUAGGGCUGAGGAAUUGAAGAAGUCGAAGCAGGUGGGUAAGCCUGUGAACAACAAGAAGCAAGGGCAGGUGCAGAAGGGGGGACUUGGAGGAGACAAGAAAAAGACUGAAGGUGGUUUGGCAAGUGACGGUGGGGAUGGUGAUAAUAUGAAAGGCCGUAAAUUGGAGAAUGGGAUCUCCAACGGUAAUCACGUGGAUUUCAAAGAAUCUAAUGGUACUGCUAACGGAAAAGAAAAUACUAGUUCCAAUCUUGGGGCUUUUGAUGUAAAUAAGCUUCAGAAACUUAGAUCUAAGGCUGGGAAGAAGACAGAGAAAACAGCUACUGUUGAUAGCAAGAGCUCCAAGGCUGAGCCAAAAAAAAAGAUAACAAAGAAGAAUAGAGUUUGGGAUGAUAAACCUCCUGAGUCGAAACUGGAUUUUACGGAUCCUAUGGGUGAGAACGGAGACAACAAUAUUGAGGUCGUGGCAGCAGAUCACGGUGAAAGUAUGAUGGACAAAGAAGAGGAUUUCAGUAGUGAAGGUGAGGAGGAAGAGGAAGAGGAUGUUGGGAAGGAAAGCAAACCUGAUAAGCAAAAGAAGGGGUGGUUUUCAUCCAUGUUCCAGAGUAUUGCUGGCAAGGCGAACUUGGAGAGGUCUGACCUGGAACCAGCUUUGAAAGCUCUCAAGGAUAGGCUCAUGACCAAGAACGUGGCCGAGGAGAUAGCUGAGAAGCUUUGUGAAUCAGUGGCAGCUAGUCUUGAGGGUAAAAAGCUGGCUUCUUUCACAAGAAUAUCUUCUACUGUGCAGACUGCAAUGGAAGAUGCUCUUGUUCGUAUUUUAACUCCCAGGCGCUCUAUUGAUAUACUGAGGGAUGUGCAUGCUGCCAAGGAACAAAGGAAGCCGUAUGUCGUCGUUUUUGUUGGCGUCAAUGGAGUUGGGAAAUCUACCAAUUUGGCUAAGGUUGCUUAUUGGCUUCAGCAGCAUAACGUCAGUGUCAUGAUGGCUGCCUGCGAUACAUUUCGAUCAGGAGCUGUUGAGCAGCUGCGUACUCAUGCACGCAGACUCCAGAUCCCUAUUUUUGAGAAGGGAUACGAAAAAGAUCCUGCAGUUGUGGCUAAGGAAGCAAUCCAGGAGGCCACACACAAUGGUUCUGAUGUGGUUCUUGUUGAUACGGCUGGUCGUAUGCAGGAUAAUGAGCCAUUGAUGAGGGCACUGUCCAAGCUUGUCAAUCUUAACAACCCAGAUCUUGUCUUGUUCGUUGGAGAGGCACUGGUUGGGAAUGAUGCUGUUGAUCAGCUUUCGAAGUUUAAUCAGAAAUUAGCGGACCUCUCAACUUCGCAAAACCCGAGACUGAUAGACGGGAUAUUGCUUACUAAGUUCGACACUAUUGAUGAUAAGGUUGGGGCUGCGCUGUCCAUGGUUUACAUAUCUGGAGCUCCGGUCAUGUUUGUCGGGUGUGGCCAGUCGUACACUGACCUCAAGAAGCUGAAUGUGAAAUCGAUCGUGAAGACGCUCCUGAAAUGAGAGACAUCGAGCUGCGCAACUUCAUGAUUCAAAGCAUGCUGCCAGUUUAUGUUAUGAACUCUGUGUCCUGCUGUUUGCUGCUGUACCUUUAAUUUGUAUUGUCUCUGUUUGAUCGACCCUAAUAUCACUGUGGUGGUGUUGAAAACUUUGGAGGUGAAUCAGUCCUUUCGGCUGUAAUUUAAUAUCAGAUUUAUUAGAUGCUGUUCUGUUCAA